ACUCGUGAGUGGAAAGCCUAGCGCCUCUUCAGCUGUGCGCAGUACAGCUCGGCCGCCCGCCGAAGAUCCGUCUACCCCCGAGGAAACGGCACCGCAAGUCUCUCCGACUUCUUCUUUCUUUGUAUUGUUUUUUUUUUUUCUUGCAAUCUCGUGGGAUCAGUUAGGAGGAUGUCCCAUCAGAGAUAAAGAGGAGUGUCUUCGACGUACCUCUCUACGAAAAAAAGGAGAUAUCGUGAGGAUAGAGCAGCCGGCAGCAUGCUGUGGACAGCGUAACGGGCACUGGCCGAUUAGACUCAAGUGACACCGGGAUGGUCCACGGAGCAGUUUAGCGGUGGCCACGGCUUCGCGAUGCUCUGAAAUCUCGCUGCAUCUGUCAUUCCUCGCUUUGCUCCUGUUUUUAUUGUUUCUCAUCAUCUGAUCGUUUUUUAAGGAGUUGCUCGGUUAACACCCGCGUCUCAGCAUGGGGAAGUGCAAUGGGAGAUGCACUUUGGUGGUCAUAUGCGGUUUGCAGUUGGUGGCAGCCUUGGCGAGACAGAUCUUUGAUUUUCUGGGAUAUCAAUGGGCACCUAUUCUGGCCAAUUUCAUCCACAUCAUGGCAGUCAUCCUGGGCAUCUUUGGCACCAUACAGUACCGAUCCAGAUACCUCAUCAUGUAUGCAGUGUGGCUCGUCCUGUGGGUUGGAUGGAACUCCUUCAUCAUCUGCUUCUACCUGGAGGUUGGUCAACUGUCACAGGACCGCGAUUUUCCAAUGACGUUCAACACCUCUCUGCACCGAUCCUGGUGGAUGGAGAAUGGGCCAGGAUGUCAGGUCACCCCCAUCGUGAAUUCAGCUCUGGCGCUUGAAGACCAUCACGUGAUCACUGUUUCCGGCUGCCUCCUUGACUAUCAGUACAUCGAGGUGGUCAGUAGCGCCCUGCAAGUCUUCCUGGCUCUCUUUGGUUUUGUGUACGCCUGCUAUGUCAGCAAAGUGUUCCUGGACGACGAAGACAGCUUUGAUUUCAUUGGUGGGUUUGACUCAUACGGUUACCAGCCUCCUCAGAAGACAUCUCAUCUACAGCUGCAGCCCCUCUACACAAUUUGAAGAGGGCAGCAUUUGAUUGAAACUCAUCCCUGAUGUCUGGAUAAACCUCGCCCCAGGACUUGAACAGAAAGAAAAAAAGAACAGAAAAUCUUAAUGAAAAGACUCGCAGAGACGUGACAGAACCGGGGUCUUUUUUUUUCUUCUUUCUUUCUCUCUUUCUCUCUCUCUCUCUUUUUUAAUCUCAAACCAUGGAAAUGCAGAUCUGUGGAAAAUCGAUACACAAGUUUUUUUUUGUGAUAACCUCUGGCUCGCCCUCUGAGCGUACUUAGCAGCCUUUUGUAAAAAAGAAAAAAAAGAAAAAAAAAGAAGAGUUUGGGACCAGAAGAACAUCGCUGCCAUCUGCUGGACUCCUCAGAGACUUGCACUGAACCAAGCAGCGUAACCCGAUGUCUCGGCGAUGUAGUGUUCCACUACUCCCCUUUUAAAGGAUUUUGGGACCAAGCUAACACGCAUGUAUUUUUGUGUUUUAUUUUAUUUUUAUACUUUUUAGGAUUUUUUUAGUUCUUUCCUGGAGAAAUAGGCAUUUUAUUGUCUACUUUUCAAGUAUGUGAGAGCAGAUGCAAGAGUACAGGUUAUGGGACUGAAAACAGGUUUGACUCUGGAUUUUAGGGGGUCUUUCAUAAUGGCAACAAGUGGACACUUUUGAGCCAUCGUGUGAACAAAAACUUUUGGGAAUGAUCCGGCAAAAUGGGGAGAGGCUGUGUUGGUCCACUUUGUAUGGUGAGGCAACUAUGUUAAGGGCAGACAGACCGUGCUGGCACCUAAGGAGGUGCCACUGUGUCUUUACUUGGAAAGAAAGCCCCUCAGUGUUGUGAAACAGCUGUACCCGGGAAGAGCAACUGACCAUUGUGUAACCCUGUCCCUCCCUAGGCAGUAUCGGCCAUUUUGACUUUGUAAUCGACAGAAUGAGUUGAGUGCAGAGAGUAGUGGGAGAUUCAGUCCUGUGCAUCCUCAUGUCCUUCUACAUUGUCAGCCUCAUGUCUUAAUAUGGAGGGGCUCAAGGACCGAACCUGUAGAACAGUUUUACACUAGCUCCUUCUUCUUCUUUUUUUUUUUCUUCAUAUUUUUGUGUGCCUGUUUGGGGGUAGGCUGGCGUGGCACCUGCUAGGCCCUGAGUUUCAAUCCCUGGCCUUGUCACCAUCUGAGUACUACUUGCAUGUUCUCCCUAUGCCUGUGUUCCUGUAAUUCUUCCAAUGUCCACAAGAUUCUUGUGUUAGUUGACAAGCCCUAAUAACUGAGUGACAGUGGUAAUUGUGCAGGUGUGAUGGACUGGCACCCCUUCUAAAGAUGGUCGUGUGCUUUACUGGGUGGGUUCAUAAAAUGGAUGAACGACUUCUGUCUUUGUUCAGUGAAAGGUAGUACUAGGGUGUUGUACCGUGUUAGCCAUUAUGAAUGUAGUGAGAAGUCAAGCAGAAUGACACCUUUUAUUGGCUAACUAAAAAGAUUACAAUAUGCAGGCUUUCAAAGCAACUCAGGCCCCUUCUUCAGGCAAGAUGUAAUCAAUUACAAUUAGUAAUCAAUUACAGCAUUACAUCAUUCAGUGAAAGGUAAAGAGAAUAAGAAGAGGAGGAGUAGGAGAUCCUCCUCUAUUUGCAAACCAUGUCAUGGUGCUGUGCACAUCAACAUAGUGUGACCACAAGGGGGCACAGCUGAGCCCAAACCACCGACACGAUAUUCCAUUACAUUUAUUUAUUCGGCUGACGCUUUUAUCCAAAGGGCCUUACAACAUUUGAGAUACUAUCGGUUCCAUUUCUUUUUGUUUUUCCAAUUGGAGCACAGGCAGGUGAAGUGACAUGC